GAUCCCCGCGUGGCGCAGGGGGCCCCCGCGGCCGAGGCGAGGCGAUACUGCGGCGGAUGGGACUCGUGGGAUGUCUGGGGCACUUGCGGACUCCCUUGGCAUGAGCUGGGGAGUCUUGGGUCCGAGGAGCAGGGGCGCUGGGGCCCCCUCAAGCCGGAGCCUGGUGUGACGCCCGCCUGGCGCGGGUGGACCCUGGAGGCCGUAACCGACCAGGGUCGGGAUCGGGCGUCCAGCGAACGGUCGCCCAGGCCUGAGCCUGGAGUGACCCCCGCCAGGGGCGGGAGGGCGGCGGAGGCAAGGACCGACCAGGGUCGAGAUCGGACGUCCAGCGACCAGUCGAAUGUCUGGAGCCGGGGCGGCAGGCGAGCCGUCGGCGGAGCCGCCGGAGACGGCGAUAGGCGCGACAGGGGAGACGAAAAGUAUGUCCCCGAGUGGGACGGGAAGUCUGUGCCAUUCUGCACCUACGAGCGCCGGGUCAAGAUCUUCGAGCUGAACGCCGCGAUCCCGCCGUCGCGGCGGGGCGGCCGGUUGUUCUCCAGGCUCGGGGGGGAUGCCGAGGCGAAAAUGGAGAAUCUCGACCCCGAGGCCCUCGCGGUGCCCGACGCCCAGGAGACGCUGAAGGUCGGCACGCUAGUGGACGGGUUCGUCGGGGAGCUCGCGCGCAACGUUGGUGAGGAGGUGCUGGACUUCGAGACGCGCUGCGAGACGAAGAUCCGCGAGCUGGAGAAGGCCAUGGGCGAGCCUCUCACCAAACACCUGAAGGCUCAUUACUUCUUGAAGAAGUUGCGAGUGGGAGGCGACAAGGAGAGCCAGAACAUCGCGGGUGUCGGCAAAAAGCUGGGUUGCGAGAAGCUGCGGGGCUCCGCCAAGGCAUGCCUGCCCCGAGUGUCGAUGCCGCGGAAGACGCCGACUCUGCCGCCGAGUGCGGACGGCGGAGGCGGCGUUCACGGGGGGUACCUGAACCGGAACCGUCGGAGGCCAGGAAGGGCCGCUGGCCGCGGCGGGGGUCGCUCCGUGCACGCGGUGCGCGGCGGCCAGGAGGGCGACCUGGAUGAAGCCGCGGGCGACGACGGAGCGGCCGAGCACGAAAGUGUUCCCGGGGAGUUGCUGGACUUCCAGGCGGGCAGCGCGGCGAUGAUGGCCCGGGCGAAGAAGGCCCGCGCAGGGGCGGAGGAAGCGCGCGACUUCUACCGCGGCGGCGCGAAGGGCGGCAGCGGCGCGAACGCCGAGCGAGUCAAGAUGCUCACGCGAACUCUUCCGUGCAAGCGCUGCGGGCGUCUGAGCCGCAGGAAGGGCGGCCCGGAAUGCCAGGGGGCCUCUGGCAAGGACGGGGGAAGGCCAAUUGCUGUGGUGAGUCAGCCCGUCGGCGAGGCGGAGCCGACGCCAGAGGAGGCGCUCGCGUUCGUGGACCCACGGAGCGCGCUGAUCGCCGAGACCCGCGACGAGCUGUGGCUGAUCGUGGUCGACGCGGCGUGCGCCAAGGGUAUGAGCGUGAUCACGGUCGCGGGGGAGCGCGAGCCCUAUAGGUUCGGGCCUGGCAGUGCGAUCUACAGCCGCGCGGCGGUGUUGGUGCCCAUGGAACGGGGCGGCAAAGGGGUCAUGGUCCGCCUCGGCCUGGUGGGCAAGGAUGUGCCGCCACUGACCUCGGGCGGUGCCCUGAAGGAGCUGGAGGCGCGCGUCCGCGUGGGGGAGGGCGAGAUCGCCCCGGGUGCGGCCGGCAGGAGCCAUCUGCCGCUCAAAGAGCUGAGCUCGGAGCACAUGGCGAUGUCUGCCCUCGGCUGCGGGCCUGCAGGGCCCGGCGCGUGGGCGGAUGAAGCAGCGGGCCAGUGCCUGGGCGGUGCCUGGGUCGCUUUCCACGGGCGCGGCCCGUCACCAGAGGGCGCGUGCUGCGCGCCCUACAUGGGCGGGCGGCUGAACGACGACGAGCGAGACGAG